AUGCAACUUAAUGAUGAGCAAGUCACCUUUAGUGUUUUUGAAUCUAUUCAAUGCAAGGACAAAGAAGAAUGCCAUACUGUCGAUGUGCUAGAUGAUCAAAUUGAGGAAGAAUUCAAUGACAAAAGCACAAUUGAAUCCUUAAACCUAGCCAACAGAACAACCUCAAUUUCCAAACCAUCUAUUGAAGAAACUCCUACUCUGAAAUUGAAACCACUACCUCCUCAUAUUAAAUAUGUCUUUCUAGGUGAUCACAAUACUCUCUCAGUUACUGUCUCUACAACACUAGAUGAACUCAAGAAGAGAAAUUGGUCCAUAUCCUCAAGCAUCAUAAACAAGCUAUUGCUUGGAGUAUUGCCGAUAUUCAAGUUAAAAAAGAAGCUAGUGAAUGCACCCAUUUUCAUUGCACCAGAUUGGUCUCAACCUUUUAAAGUUAUGUGUGACGCAAGCGACUUUGCUGUGGGUGAGGAUCUAGGACAAAGAAAAGGAAAAAUAUUUUAUGCCAUCUAUUAUGCUAGCAAAAAUCUUACAGAGGCUCAAUUCAAUUAUACCACCACAGAGAAAGAAUUUUUGGCUGUAGUCUUUGAUUUUGACAACUUUCAUUCUUAUCUUGUCGGUGCAAAGGUUACUGUAUUCACUGAUCACUCGGCCUUGAGAUAUCUCUUUGCGAAAAAGGAUGUCAAACCAAGACUGAUACAUUUCAUAUUACUACUACAAGAAUUUGAUAUCGAGAUAAAACACCGUAAGGGUUCAGAGAAUCAAAUUGCAAACCAUCUGUCUCGAUUGGAAGUUGGCAGUGAAGACGGAAACAUACUUCAAAUUGUUGACACAUUCCUAGAUGAGAAGUUAUUUACUAUAGAUGCAACUCCUUGGUAUGCGGAUUUUGUUAAUUAUCUAGUGUGUGGAAAACUCCCAUUGGGUGUCACAGGCCAUAAAAAAAGAUUUCUUCAUGACAUAGCGAAGCAUCAUUGGAAUGAGCUGUAUUUAUUCAAGGUAUACGAUGACAACAUCAUUCGACGUUGUGUUCUGGAAGAGGAGAUGCUUUCAAUCCUGAAGCAUUGUCAUGAUGCUCCUUAUGGAGGUAAUUUUAGUGGUCUGAGAACUGCGGAUAAAGUUCUCCAAUCAAGAUUCUAUUGGCCAACAUUAUUCAAAGACGCUCACAAUUUUGUGAAUCAAUGCGAUAGGUGUUAG